GGAAGAAGAAGAGGAGGAGGAGGAGGGAAGAAAAGGAAGAGGAAGACGACGAUGACGACGACGAAGAAGAAGAAGACGACGACGACGACGAGGAAGAGGAAGAAGAAGAGGAGGAGGAGGGAAGAAAAGGAAGAGGAAGACGACGAUGACGACGACGACGACGAGGACGAGGAGGAAGAGGAGGAGGACGACGACGACGACGAGGAGGAAGAGGAAGACGACGACGACGACGACGAGGAGGAAGACGACGACAAGGAAGACGACGACGACGACGACGAGGACGACGACGAGGACGGUGAGGAUGAGGAGGAGGACGAUGACAACGAGGACAAGGAUGAGGAAGAGGAGGAGGGACGACGAGGAAGAGGAAGAUGACGACGAAGAGGAAGAAGACGAAGAAGACGACGACGGCGACGAGAAGGAAGAGGAAGAGGAAGCCGACGAAGAAGAAGAAGCGGACGACGAAGAAGAAGCGGCCAACAAAGAAGAAGAAGCCGACGACGAAGAAGCGGACGACGACGACGAGGACGACGACGACGAGGACGACGACGACGAGGAUGACGACAACGAGGAGGACGCCGAGGACGCCGAGGACGGCGAGGAUAACGAGGACGACGAGGACGACGAGGACGACGAGGACGACGAGGACGACAAAAACGAGGACGAGGAAGAGGAGGAGGGACAACGAGGAAGAGGAAGACGACGAUGACGAGGAGGAGGAAGAGGAAGGCGACGAUGACGAGGAAGAGGAAGAGGGCCGCCGACGACGACUAAGAAGC